CGAAUCAAAAUAAUGGAAAUCAAGAUCAUAAUAAUGAAAACGUUAUAAGUGAAGAAAUAGUGAUACAAAGCCAUAUGAUGUCUAAUGAAGAAGAUCAACUCGAGAUAUUAGAGAAUGAAGAAGAAAGUGAUGAGGGCAACCAAAGCAGUUAUAUAAUGUCUGAUAAAUUAUUUAAUGAAGAUCAACUCGAAGUAUUAGAAGAUAAAGAGAAAGAUGAUGAAGGCAGUCAAGACAGUUAUAUAAUAUAUGACGAACUAUUUAAUGAGGAUCAACUCGAAGUAUUAGAAGAUGAAGAAGAUAAUGAUGAAAAAGAUUUAAUCAAAGGUUUACAGCUUCUCCAAAUUAAGGAUAGACAUAACAUCUCAGAUGCUACAUUUAACGAAAUUCUUAAAGUUUUAGAAAUUCCUGAAACAUCUAUUUACAAACUUAGAAAGUUUUUUGGAAAAAUUAUCCCAUUUGAACUGAAUCUUAUAGAUUGUUGUGUCAACUCAUGCGUAGCAUUUACUGGAAAGCUUUCUAAUGAGAACCAAUGUCCAGAAUUAAUUCAUCAAGGAAAUUGUCAUGUCUACUUUCCACUCAAGCCUCCAACUAGUGUUUCAGAUAUUCAGUAUAAUCCCAAAAACCUUCCAUUACGAACACAUAAAAAUUAUAUACAAGAUGUUACAGCCAUAGAAAAUAUGAAUAGAUCUUCACAUAAACGCGAAGUGCGAGUGAGAG